AUGACGUUCUCAAUAAUACCAGCCACAACGACGCUCACCCUCCUAACAGCCCUCACCUCCCUCCUCCUCCUCGUCGUCCUCCGGUUCAUCGCCCUCCUCCCCUACUCCACGCGCCCCCAACCCCCACCACGACAAUCAAGCCACCCCCGCAAAGCACCAUGCAAGAUCUGCAUCAUCCUCGGCUCAGGCGGGCACACCUCGGAAAUGCUGCGUAUGCUCGAUACUCUGCCUACGGAGCGAUAUAGCCCGCGGUGUUAUGUCGUUGCGGAGUCUGAUACGGGGAGUGGGGAUAAGGCUGUUGCAUAUGAGAAGGCGAGGGCGGACGAUACCGGCAUCACCAACAACAUUAUUGUACCAGCAUACACCAUCCACAAAAUCCCGCGUGCACGCUCCGUCCACCAAUCCUACCUCACGACACCCCUCUCAUUCCUACGUGCCGCCUACGCGUCCGCCCAGCUCCUGUUCACCCUUCGCCCGGACAUCAUGAUCUCCAAUGGGCCAGGCACCGCGUUACCGAUGCUCUUGCUGGCGUUCCUGACGCGUAUAUUGCCGCUGCCGGAGAGGAUAUGGCGCCCGCCGCGGCUGCUGUAUGUGGAGAGUUGGGCGAGGGUGAAGAGGUUGUCGAUGACGGGGCGGAUUUGUUGGUGGUUUGUGGAUCGGUUUUUGGUGCAGUGGGAGAUGCCCGGGAUGAAGGGGGUGGAGUUUGUGGGGAGGGUUGUAUAG